AUGUCGACCCACAGCAAUAAUACCAAGUAUGCCAAGAAUGAGGAAUCAGAUUUUGUUAGUACAGUCUACAAUUAUGACUGGUCAUCAACUUCGCUUGGCCCUAUGGAAUUAUGGGAUACUUCUCUCAAAAAUGCUGUGAAUUUAUGCCUCCAAUCUGUAUUUCCCACUGUUAUUUAUAUCGGUCCUACUUAUAUCUCACUAUAUAAUCAAGCGUAUCGACCAAUGUUAAAGACGAGACAUCCAUAUGCAUUAGGAAAAACAUUUAAAGAUGUUUGGCCUGAAUUAUAUGAAGUGGUUGUUGAUUCACUAUUUGAAAGAGUAAGAACAACCGGAAAAGGAAUCUAUAAUAAUGAUCAAUUAUUCGAAUUGCAACGUGAUGGGUAUAUAGAAGAGGC